AUGGCCCAAGUUUUCCUACUCAAUCCUGGCACUAUGAAAGCCACCAUGUGCCUCUUCUUCCUAACCACUGUUUUUUUGAUUGCCAACUCUUCCAGGAUACUAGACGAAGUGGACCCAACACAACCACAAGUCAUUGGCAAUUUACCACUACCAGGAGCAGCCAAUCCUUCAGUCACAACAGGUCCUUUUCCCACACCGCAGGUAGGCCCUGCCACCACUUUGCCAAUGGCAAAGGAGCCAUCACUAUCGUUCUUCAUGCAUGAUAUCCUUGGUGGAUCACACCCAUCAGCGAGAGUAGUGGCAGGAAUCGUAGCAAACACUGAUAUGACAGGGCUACCAUUCUCCAAGCUGAACAACAACCUCUUCCCAAUAGCCGGAGGAAUUCCACUGGUCAACCCCAAGCUCAAUGGCAUCAUAACUAAUAACAAUCUGCCAAACCUUGUAGGCCUCAGUGGUGCUCAAUCCUCUACAGUGUUCCAAAACCGAGGAACCAGCAACGUUGUAACAGGUGGCAACAACCAGCCAUUUGUUUCAGCAGGAAACCUUCCUGGUGGGUUUACAGUUCAGAAGCUCAUGUUUGGCUCCAUUACAGUGAUUGAUGACCAGUUAACGGAAGGGCAGGAACUGGGUUCUGCUGUUGUUGGUAGAGCACAAGGGUUCUACACGGCUAGCUCAUUGGAUGGUACUAGCCAGAGCAUUGUGGUGACAGUUUUGCUGCAUAGUGGUGAGCAUAAUGAUAAUGAUGGGGUGGAAGACAGCAUAAGUUUGUUUGGGGUUCAUAGGACAGCAUCGCAACAAUCAGAGGUUGCGGUGAUUGGUGGGACAGGUAAGUACGAGAAUGCAAGGGGAUAUGCUGCACUUGAGACCCUUCUUAAGGAGGACCAGCAUACCACAGAUGGAGUCGACACCAUCCUCCAUUUCAAUGUAUACCUCACUCACUACUAG